GUACAUCGACGCCAGCGCUGGCUCUAGGCAAUCCCGGGUGUCAUGUGGUGUAUUCUCUCCCUCUCUCUCCCUCUCGCUUUCUUCUUGAAACCAUCGACCGCAAAAUAGAAAACCUCUUUCUCUUUCCCAAUCAAGAAUUUCUGCAUCUCUUUGAAUCCUGUAGAAACUUCAUCAUUCAUUAUACCUCUUCUUUAGGGUUUUCAUUUUAGGAAUAUGUUUAAGGUUUCAUUUUCUAUUUGUUUUUUGCUCUUUAAGAAAACAAAUCACUCACACUCUCUGCAAGUAACAGCCAUGGGACCUCGAAUCAGAGGUUGGACUGGUCGAUUAUGAUUCUCAAGUUCCAAUUGGUGCUACUCCAGCUCCAGACUGGUUACUAAAUGGAAUUGUUUAUGCAAAUGGGAUAAAGGAAUCUAGACUCAAGUCAUGUACCGCAAAUUUGCAACGGAUGGGAGGGACUAAACUAUUGUCUACGUGGGAAGGAGCAACUGAUUCUUGCAGCUAUCAGAAUGGUUGAUGCUAGUUCCAAACCUGGCGGAUACAUAGUUUACUCAACUUGCUCUAUAACGAUUCCGAAGAAUGAAGCGAUUAUAGAUUGUGCUCUCAAGAAGAGGGAUGAACAAUUCGUGCCAUGUGGGCAAGAUUUUGGACGCCCUGCCCCUGGAUUUACUCGCUUUAGAAAGCACCGGUUUCACUCUUCAUUGGACAACACUAGGCGUUUUUACCCUCAUGUUCCAAGCGUGGAUGGUUUUUUCAUGGCCAAGGUUGGAUUGGUCGUAUAUGAUUCUCAAAUUCCAGUUGGUGUUACUCCAAAAUACAUGGCUGGUGAUUUGCAACUAGACAUCUGCAAGGUGCAAGCAGCAAGCUCCAUUUUACCUGCUACGUCCCUUGCUCCUCGAGAUAAUGAAAGGGUGGUAGAUAUGGCGGCUGCACCUGGUGGUAAGACAACCUAUAUUGCAACUCAUAUGAAGAACUGUGGAAUUAUUUAUGCAAUGAGAUAAAGAAAUCUAGACUCAAGUCACUUACUGCAAAUUUGCAAUGGAUGGGAGUGAUUAACACUAUUCUCUAUAGCUACGGUGGGAAGAAGAGAUAUACAAAGUUUGUCUGCAAGAGGUUCAUUGAUUUCAUUGCACUGCUGAGUUGAUAUUUUGUUGCUCAAAUGAAGCUUGGAAGUUGGAGCAGAGAAAGGAGGAGGAGAAGAAGUCCCUGACAAUGCUCGGAGAGGAUGGGGACAUCGACACUGGAGUAGGUUCAAGACCUAAAACUUUUGGUCUCUUUCCUAGUGGUUCUUUGAAUAGCAAAACUAACAGUUGGUCUACUCGCUUAGACAUUGAUGUGUAAGAUGAUCAGAGACUGAACUAGCUAAUUUCAGAAUGAAUUGUUACUCCUUUUAGAGUCUCCUAGUAGUUUUCUAUAGGUCUUAAAUUUGGUAAUUUUUCUAGACCCAUAAAAAGAAUCAUAGGGCUAUUUAACCAAUUUAUUGUAUUUUUAAUGAA